UCAUGGUUACAUUCAAACCGCCAAAAAUUAGGUUAAUUUAUAGUGAAAGCGAGACUCAUCUUAGGGUUUCUCUUCCGCAUCGUCGUCACCACCUCCCACCUCCUCGUGUGGCUUCUUUCUCUAAGAGCAGAGGAGAAAUACAAUGGGUAGAUGUCCGACGAGGAAAGUGAAGAAGAGGCGUUUGUCUCACAAAACAGCUCGUCGUGACAAAUUCGAAGUCAAAGGCGACGAUUUGGUGUAUACGGAGUUGCGUAAACCAGAGGCGGAGGUCAAGCCUUUGAAGCUUGACGAGGAUUUGCCCGGAAUGGGUCAAUUCUACUGUUUACACUGCGAUCGGUACUUCUCCAAAGCGUCUGUGCGAGAUGACCAUUUCAAGACGAAGAAACAUAAGAAGCGUGUGAAGAUAAUGAAUGGACCAGCGCCACACUCACAACUCGAUGCAGAUUUAGCCGCUGGAAUGGGAAUGCCGGACAAUGGUCCGAAGCUCAUGAUGGCUGCUUGAGUUUACUUCAGUUUACUUCAUUAUCUUUCACACUGCAACAGUUUAUGGAACCUAGAUUGUUGUUGGUAGAUGGUCCUUAAUAGUUAAACUAUAUAAUUCCUAAAUUAAUGAUAUGUUUUUUUUGUUCUU